AUGUUCCCACAAUCUCGUCUCGAACGCGCUUGCGUACUCGCUCUUGGUCUUGUUGCCUCUGGCACCCUUGCGGCUGCUGGUCCAUGCGACAUCUACUCCUCCGGUGGCACGCCCUGUGUUGCAGCGCAUAGCACGACUCGCGCCCUGUACAGCGCGUUCUCAGGCUCCCUCUACCAGGUGAAGCGCGGAUCUGAUAACACAACAACCAACAUCGCGCCUCUCUCCGCCGGUGGUGUCGCCAAUGCCGCCGCCCAAGAUUCCUUCUGUUCCGGCACGACCUGCCUUAUCACGGUCAUCUACGACCAGUCUGGCCGUGGUAAUCAUCUUACCCAGGCUCCGCCAGGCGGCUUCAGGGGCCCGGAGAGCAACGGUUAUGACAACCUGGCCAGCGCAACAGGUGCCCCGGUCACGCUGAAUGGUCAGAAGGCGUACGGCGUCUUCGUCUCGCCCGGCACUGGCUACCGCAACGACGCCACCAACGGCAUCGCUACGGGCGACGCGGCGGAGGGCAUGUACGCGGUCCUCGACGGAACGCACUAUAACGGUGGCUGCUGCUUCGACUAUGGCAACGCCGAGACCAGUGCUACCGACACGGGCGCCGGCCAUAUGGAGGCUAUCUACUAUGGUACUUCCUCCGCCUGGGGCUCCGGCAACGGCAACGGGCCUUGGAUCAUGGCCGACCAGGAGAACAACCUGUUCUCUGGCGGCACCGCUGGCAAAAACACCGCUGACCCGACCAUCACUUACCGUUUCGUCACUGCGAUCGUCAAGGGCGAGGCAAACCAUUGGGCUCUCCGCGGUGGCAACGCUGCGUCUGGCUCGUUGUCGACGUACUACAGCGGCACGCGCGCGUCUGGCUACAACCCGAUGAAGAAGGAGGGCGCCAUCAUCCUCGGCAUCGGCGGCGACAACAGCGUCAGCGCCCAGGGCACGUUCUACGAGGGCGUGAUGACCACCGGCUACCCGUCCGACGACACCGAGGCUUCGGUGCAGGCCAACGUCGUGGCCGCCAAAUACGCCACCACCUCGUUGACAAGCGGCACCGCUCUCACCGUCGGCUCUUCGAUCUCCCUGCGCGUCACCACUCCCGGCUACGACACGCGCUACCUCGCGCACACGGGCUCCACCGUCAACACCCAGGUCGUCUCGUCGUCCAGCGCCACCGCCCUCAAGCAACAGGGCAGCUGGACGGUCCGCGCUGGUCUCGGCAACAGCGCGUGCUUUUCGUUCGAGUCCAAGGACACGGCCGGCAGCUACAUCCGCCACUCCAACUUCGCGCUCGUGCUCUCCACCAACGAUGGAUCCCAGCUGAUGCACGAAGACGCGACGUUCUGCCCGCAGUCUGGCAUUAGCGGCACGGGCAGCUCGUUCCGGUCAUGGGGCUACCCCACACGCUACAUCCGCCACUACGCGAACGUGGGCUACAUCGCGAGCAACGGCGGUGUCCACGACUUCGACGCCGCAGCUUCGUUCAACAACGACGUUAGCUUUGUGAUUAGCAGUAGCUUCGCUUGA